GAAAGCCCCUCUAGGACCAGUGGGGCUCAGCGCAUGGGGCCGCGUGGAGGGUGGGAAUGCCUGGCCUCUGCCAGGAUGGAAGCGAUCCAGGUGGUCCACGCGAUGAGAUGUGCUCGCGCUGAGCAAGCAUAAGCGUUGGAAUCCUGCAGUCGCAGCGGUCGGUUGAGCGCUGCCCUUGAACAGGUCUGAAGACACCAGGCUCUCUCUUGAGCUGGGCCUGUUCGGGGACUGCAGGAGAGGCUGGGAGGUGAGAAAUUGAGAACUGCUGCUAACCAUGGCAGCACCUCCGCCUGGCCAGGAAGAUGCCCAGAAGUACAAAUCAUUACAGCCCAAGGAUGAUGUGGGAACAAGAAAAGGGUUUCGACGCUACAGGUGGGAAUUCAAAGACAGCAAUAAAGAAUUCUGGGUGAAUGGACACGCCGAGGUCAAGCUGCUGACUGUGGCCUGCAUCAUCGCUGGACUACAACUCUUCGAAACAGUGGCCACACACCCGAUUCUGAUCCUGCUCCUCACUAUGGAAUUGUCCUUCAUCGCUUUCUUCGUCUUCCUUAACUCCUUCGCCAUUAACAGAUACAUGACGUUUGUCUACUGGCCUAUCACUGAAAUCUUCAACGACCUCUUCGCCUUCGGGUUCCUGGUGGGCGGCAUAGUCUUUGCAAUGAGGGCUAGAAGGACAUUGCCCAUGGCCUACUUAGCUGCUGUGGUCCUUAUGGGAGUUGCCGCCUUUUUUGCUAUCGUUGACCUGUGUCUUCAAAGGAGACACCUCAAAGCCAAGAAGCUCAGAAAGCUCGCUCUGCUCGCUCCAGACAAGGAAGGGAGGAUGCCAGACCCAAAGCUUCAAGCAAUGCUGGAAGCUGCCAAAGAGGAAGAGGAAAGGCUACAGAAGGAGAAAGAACAGAAGGAGAAGGAGGAAAAGGAGAGACAAAAGAAACAGAAAGCAAAGAAGGAGAAGAAGAAGGCAAAAAAGGAGAAGAAGAAGAAGAAGUGAAUAGACAGGACAGACGGGAACAGAGGGAACGCCGGGAACGGCGAGCUUUGUGGCCUGGCCUCUGUACUCUCUCCCCUUGCCGGCUUUCCAGCCUACUUUCCUUUGCCGUCAAUAAACACCUCUUGGAAAGUAAA